AUGGGACAAGAAUCAUGUUCUCAAGAAGAUUGCUUUGACUUGUUGAAUCAGUUUGAACAUGUUCUUGAAUCUGACCCUCUCAUUGAUGAGGUUGGGUUUAUUCACCCCUCACUGUUCACAAUUCUGGAUAAAGAAGCAGGGUCCUCCAGUGAGGAAGCCUCAACAAGUUUCUGGAAUCAAGAUCAUAAACUUGGAAUAUCUACUGAUAUACUUAUUCAAUUAUGUAAAGUUGCAAAACAUGCGUUCUUGACUGCACUUAAGGAGUACAAACGCCAUGAAAACGCAUCUAGUGAGUUCCUUACCGAAAAUAUCUCAUCUGGGGUCUCUUGUCCUACCCUUGAGAGCAAAGUCAUGAAGCAUAGCCAAGCACUUUUGCUGUUAAGCUCAGACUUUGGAACUGCAUGGAAUGCGAGGAAGUUGAUCUUGUCUAAACAAAAUCAACCCUAUGGAUUCACGGAAGAGCUUCGUCUUUCUAGGCUCGUUCUUUCGAACUUUUCAAAGAGUGAGCCAACAUGGAGCCAUAGAAGGUGGAUAAUUAAGAUGAUCUCUCAGAGUUUUUCCACACCACAAGAGAUUAUCACCAAAGAGUCUGAGCUGGUGGAAUCAAUAGGCGAGAGAUCAAAGAUGAACUACCGUGCAUGGUAUCACCGUUGCUGGUUAGUUUCCUACAUGACAAUCGAGCAGGUGCUACAAGAGUUGAACAAAUGUAAAAGGUGGGCAGGGCUGCAUGUAGCUGAUAGUUCUUGCUUCCAUUAUCGCAGACGGCUGAUGCUCAGGGUUUUAGAGCCACUUAAGGUGAAAGGAAGCAAUGAUAAUGAUAAAACUGAGGCACAUAAAAUCUGGAUGGAAGAGCUUGAUUGGAACAAAGAGUUGGUAAUACGUUACUUGGGACGAGAGGCACUAUGGCUUCACAGGAGGUUUCUCUCACUAACUUGGCUAAUGUAUUUCUGCGGCAAUCAGUCAUCUGAAACCGGAGAGUGUAUUGUCAUGAAUGAAGAAAUUGGUAUCUUCGUUGAUAAUGAGAUCUAUCUUCUUCAAUCUUCUAUGACCUUUCCUGAUAACAAGUUUGAAGAUUUCCAAGCUCAAGCACUGCAUGCUUCUGUCUACAUGCUUUGGCUGACAAAGAAUAUUCCAGAAUUGUGGAGAAUGCUUGAAGAGAAGCUUGGAACAGAGAAACUCAAGUGUGUACUGAACACAGUUGAUCAAGAGAGACCCUCCUUGCUUUUGCAUCAGAUAGAUAUUUUUGCAGCUAAACAUAACAAUGAUUGUUGACUAAUGUUGUUGUGAUACAGUGAUGUCUCAAUAUUGUACAUCUCAUAUUUGAUUUUUUUACUUGAAAUAAAAGGUUUCCAUGUUUUACAGCG